GUCUCGUCAUAUCCGUAAAUAGGGAAAAGAUGUUCCGGCUACUUUGACGCUUGAAUGGUGUGAGAGUGGAGUAUGCUAGUUGUCACAACGAAUGAAAAAGGAUGACAUGGAGCAGCGAAAUCUCAAACCUCCCUGAAAAUCACCCGUUUAAAAAUGCUGAACAGAGAAGAGUCUGCUGGCAAAAAGAGAUUUCGUCAGAGUUCGUUAUAAACCGAAAAUCAACAUUGGCUUGGCUGUUUGGAGUUGGAGGGCUUUGAAAUGCUGUAAAAGCGACGCGGAGAUGGCGUUUAUUAUUCAACAGAAAGAAAACAGGAGUCUGACAGACUGGCCUCAGCUCAGUGAGGAGAACCUCUCAUGCAGAAAUCCCAACCUAUAUGCCACGCCUACCUCGAGGAGAUUGUCAUCUAUUGGCUGAAGGAGACAAGAAUACAAGAUUAGACACCGUAUUUGCCGCACUUGGGUGUAUAUAUGACCAAAUUCCCCUCACAAAAAGCAGACACUUGUUGUUUUUAACCUGACCGGUCAGAGAUAGUAGUGUGCGUUACAGUGAGAGCGUGAGCUCCAGAGAGACACAUUUGCCUUAUAGGCACUGGAGAUAUGAACACCAUCGACGCGCAGAUCCAUAACAAUAGUAACGCUGCUGUCAACCCUCUCCAGCAACUGCCAAAAAGCGCGCACGAGACACCGGAUAUGGCCGUGUACUGUGACAACUUCAGUGUUUACCACCAACAGAGUCUACCUGCGGCGCAGAGGCCAGCGGGCUACGGCCUGGGGGACUACGCGACCCCAAACCCAUACCUGUGGCUCAAUGGACCUAGUGUCAACUCCUCUUCGUCGUACAUACAUGGCAACAACAGCCCCUCGUUCAUCCCCCCGGCUUACGGCUCUCAGAGGCAGUAUCUCACUAACUCCUCCGGGUUCGCCGGUCCGGACCUAGGCUGGCUCUCCAUCGCGAGCCAAGAGGAGCUUUUAAAGCUCGUGCGCCCGCCUUACUCGUACUCGGCUCUGAUAGCCAUGGCGAUACAGAACGCGCACGAGAAGAAGUUAACUUUGAGUCAGAUUUAUCAAUAUGUGGCGGAUAAUUUCCCCUUUUAUAAGAAGAGUAAAGCGGGAUGGCAGAACUCCAUCAGACACAACCUUUCCCUGAAUGACUGCUUCAAAAAAGUGCCGCGUGACGAAGACGACCCAGGGAAAGGAAACUACUGGACUCUAGACCCCAACUGUGAAAAGAUGUUUGACAACGGAAACUUUCGUAGGAAAAGGAAGCGCAGAUCUGAUUCCAGCACAGGUGUUGCCAGCAACACAAAACCGGAGGAUGAUCGACAGCUCGCAGGGAUCAAACCCACCGACAGCCCUCACCUCACCGGACCCGCAUCUCCUGACACUGAUGCGGCCAAUGACAGCCACAAAGGCGCGUCUCCUGCAGGCCUCGCGAGCGCUCCGUGCUUCAACAAUUUCUUCAACAGUAUGUCUGCCUUAAGCUCGUCCUCGGCCCCGGCUAGCAGACAGAGCUCUCUGGGGCUGGUAAACGAACUUUCCAGCCGAAAUAUCAGCGCUUUGAGCCAGUACCAUGCCAGCUCAGCACCUGAGGCAGGUGGAGCGAGUGAUCUCCAGGACAGUGUGCACGUGAACCGUGGAAUGUACUAUAACUCUUUUACUGCUGGCGGCCAGAGCGCGCAGUUCAACGGACACUUCUACAACAGCUUCAGUGUGAACAGUCUUAUUUACCCCCGAGACGGAACGGAGUUAUAAAUCUGUCACGCUCGGGAAUACCCAUGUUUUCUAAUAAGAAAAAAAAAAAAAAAGAUUUAUUUUUUUCAACACUGUGUAUGUGCUGCUGAAAUGCAACAUCUGCCUUAGAAGCAGAUAACAUUCAUUUCAAAGCGACAUUUACACAUUGACAUCGACCAAAUGAGUGAAAUCCGAUGUAUUAGUGUCAAAACACAUUUUGUUCUGUGAAAAAUGUGUUGACUUCUACAUUGGAUUCCUUUAUGUCUUAACAGAGAUUUCCAUAUUAUGUGCCAGCUUUUUGAUCAUGCACUAAUUUAAAUGGAUUUAUCUUUUUAGUUUGAAUUUAUAAUAGUGUUUGUAGUAGUAACUAGUUUGAUGGAGGGAUUGCCUUGGUAUCCAUGAUUGCCAAGAUUCAGUAUUGUCCAAUAUCGAAAAAGGUUCUGUCUCUCUCUCUUUUUCUAUUGUGUAUUUUUUUGUAAAUGCAAUUGUUUUGUUAUAUACUCUUGUUUUUAACUAUUUAUAUUAAGUUAUGUAACUUGCAGUUUGUCCUUUAAGGAAAGAAAUAUGUGGUCUGGUAAGCUUGCAUGGUUAAAAUGAAACUUUUACCUGCAAGGUAUAAGGUAAUAAGUGAAUUAUCGAAUGUCAUCAAGCCACUAACUCACUUGAUUUUAGGAUGUUUCAUAGAUGAUGAUCUUUACACAGAUAAAAGUCACUACAUUUAUUUUUCCAAAAAUUAUGCAAAACAUGAAUUUUUAAAGAAAAUAAAGAAUUACAAAUCUCAA